CGGUUCGUUUUUGUCCUUUCUUUCGCUCUCGAUGUUGAUCCGGUCUUUCCGGAGGAUCGGGUAUUUUUGAAUAAUUUUUUCCUCUCCGUUUUUCUCCCUCUCCGCAAUCUUUUGACAAAAAAGUUACAAAAAUUACAAAAAAAAGAAAAGAAAUAAAAUAAAAAUUCACCCACCGUGACGUCGUCGCGUGGAAUUUUUAACGCGAUGAGAAAACACGGUGAACUAUUUGACGCAGUAAUUCCGCAGUUUAUGGGCACGUGGGUAAUUACCGCGUGUGUGAAUAAUAAUAACCGGGGAUGAAUACGGUGGUGGUGAAUGUGCGGGGAGGAAAUAGUUGAAUGAAAUUUUGAUGAUAUGGUACAAGAUUAGACACGUCAAGGGAUGAAUAAGUUUGAGAACGAUUAUCGGUGCGACGAUUUACAGUGAAUUUUUGCUGUGCUGGAAACGGGGAGAAAGAAAUUUGGAGAAAAAUUUCACCCCCUCGAUGCAUUUCGGAGUCUAGCGACAGAGACGAAGAGGCGAUAAUAAUAUCGUGGAAAAAGCGGGAAAAACAUGGCUGACAGAAGAAGAAGGAGCCGAUACCUGACGAUCAGCGUUCUGCACAUUAUAAUGAUAAUGUGUCAAGCGCUGACGGAUGAGCCCAGGUUCGCUGAGCCGAUUCCAAAUGUUACGGUCGCCCUGGGGAGGGACGCGAAUCUCCCCUGCGUCGUGGAGAACCUAGGACAGCACAAGGUGGCGUGGAUCCACAUCGACCGUCAGAUGAUCGUUACGAUUCAUCGACACGUGAUAACGAGGAUUCCUAGAUUCUCGGUUUCCUACGACAAUCAAAAAACCUGGCUGCUUCAUGUCAAUGGCGUUCAGCAGCAAGACAGGGGCUACUACAUGUGCCAGGUCAACACCAAUCCGAUGAUCAGCCAAGUCGGCUAUCUUCAGGUCGUCGUUCCUCCCAACAUCUUGGACUCCAUGUCCACCCAGAGCACGGUUGCCGUUCGGGAGAAUCAGAACAUAACCUUAACGUGCAAGGCGGACGGAUUUCCGACACCGAAGCUCAGGUGGAGGCGAGAAGAUGGGCAGGGGAUAUCCGUAGACCGGCGCAAAAAAGUGUUGGCGUACGAAGGCGAGCAGCUGAAUCUGACGAGGAUUUCGCGGACCGAGAUGGGUGCUUAUCUCUGCAUCGCUACAAAUGGCGUGCCUCCAUCUGUCAGUAAAAGGAUAACAGUCGACGUCGAAUUUUCGCCGAUGAUAUGGGUGCCAAAUCAGUUGGUCGGAGCGCCGGCUGGAACGGACGUUACUAUCGACUGUCAAACGGAGGCGCACCCCAGGGCGAUAAGUUACUGGGUCUUUAACAGCGUGAUGGUGUUGCCAACGAAAAAAUACUCAACCGAAACAACGGAGAACAGUUAUCGUGCCGACAUGAAACUGACCAUCAGGAAUCUUCAGCCUGGCGAUUUUGGCAGCUAUCGAUGCAUCAGCAAGAAUUCACUCGGAGAAACCGAGGGCUCCAUCAGGCUGUACGAGAUACCGAAGCCGUCCGCACCGCCAAAGGCAACGGAGAUAAAGAGCAGCGCGAAUAAAGAAGGACGUAAGAGCACCCCCGCGCCGCCAAAAAGACAGACAACUAUAUGGCCCGCACCGUACAACCCCCAGUAUCCAAGGCGAACCGAGAGGCCGCCAACCAACGAGGAGCAGAUCGUACGGGCCGAACAGAAGCCCAGGGGUGACGCAAGCACAGGUAGUGCCUACAUCGUGAGAUGGAGUGCUCCGCAGCUGAUGAUAGUCGCUGUUCAGUACAUAUUGACGGGUCCCUACAUGCCGCCGUACAUACCGCAGAACGGGAAUUAGGACGAAACGGAGGAUAAAUGGAACUGCAGCUGCCACCUGAUCGAGCCAAGACUUGAACCGUCUCCGAGCGUGUAAAUAAAAGAACUACCCUGUGGAAAGGCUGGCUAGUAACUUUUGACGUUGAUGGACAAUGAAUACCAUUAUAUACCUACUGUAAAUUGUUUAGCUAAUGUAAAGACACGACGAACGCUGAGUGACCUCCGAUAAGAUGUCGGGGUUGAAGUUCCUCGGGAACCUCAACCUGCCUGCAGGAAUAAGGGAUGAAAAACUGGGGCAAAUUGGAGGCCGUAGUUUAUUGAAACUAGUGCGAGUUAAUUCAGGAAUCGCAAAGGGUUAUGACCGGGGCGUUAAGAAAGGGGAUAUGUGUUUGAGACAUGGGGCAAGAAGCAUGCCUCCGGUAUGGGAAACCGCUUUCGGGAAAGGCGGAAACCGAGCGAAACCUGCACAACCGGGCUAAUCGCUCGUAGCUAAUAGCUUGUCGCUAAUCGUUAUUGUGUAACCCUUUGUAGCACCCCGGAAUCCGUUUAACCCCUCCGCAGUGUUGAAAGUUAAUUUUCUGCUAGUCAUUUCGAACUUCUUCAGGGGGUUCGUGUUAUACGCACUGUUCCAGCUAUGCGUAAGCAGGGACGAUUGCAAGACCUAGUCAGAGGUGCGGGAAUGAGUUGGAAGAGAAGACAGUAGCAAAGAUAAUUACACUCCUCGGGCAGCCGCGGAUAAACAUCCCCAAAAAAAUCCGUUGUUACGUGAGAGAAUGUACUACGCCAAUUUUAUCAACGGCUGUAAACCGCGGAAUGAUCGUCCGCGAACUUUUGAGGAUUGCGUCGCGCCGCCGGGGGCUGGAGGUGGAGGUAAAGCUGGGGGUGGAGGUGUGGCGCAAGGUAUACAGGUAUGUUAAGCCACGCGUGAGGAAUCCGCCACAGUUCCGGUUAACCGAAGCGUGAGAGAGAUACUGGCUGGUGACGUCAUUAGAUCAUUUAACGCCCCUGCCUCACGUGCGUGUAUUAUAUUAUACCGUCGUGCACAGACAGGAGUGUCGUCUAUGUGACCUGCGCGCAUGGCGGUGGGCCGUAAUUACCCGUUAAUUCCAGCUCUGAUGGUCUCUAUUAUAGACACUCGUACACAAAAGGAAUCCAAAAGUAAAAGCUAAAUUAAAUUCAGAGGUUCAAAGGUUGUGACUGAACUCAAUCAACUAGAGUCUUACUUUUGAUAACAUUGACCUUGACACCUUUCUUCGUUUCUUCAAUAUUCAACUGUUCUAUGGGCAUCUGAUCAAAAAUCAAGCAAACGCCGUUUCGAAUUGCGCGCCAAUCGAUGCGUGGUCAGCUGACCGCAGCUUUCUCUCUAUAAUACAGGACGCCACCGCUAGUUGGCGCACCGUUCGAUCCAGCUUUUGUUUGGACGCUGGAAAUGCGUUGAAUUUCUCGUUUUCCUUCUUAUUUUGCAUGCGGAGAAUAUAGCGGAGGGAACAGCGGCGGAAAACGGAUAAUUUUGUCGGGUUAUACACCCUGUGUGUGCGUGUAUUAAUAUGCGAAGGACCCGGGCCCACGUAGCGCCUGUAUUAUACCGACAUUACAUCGUAACGAAGGGGGCACCUGCAGGCAAGGGUGCACACAUUCACCCACCCGCGUUAAUAAUCGCUCUUCCCUAAUCUAAAGAACCUUACACGGCCGAGGGAUGGGUUAAAACGGGGGGAAAUUAGCCGCGCCCCUCCACGUCUCUUCGCCAUUUCUCUCUCUUUCUCUCGUUUGUUUUCUUUUUCGGUUUCUCUUCUCGUUCUAACGACCGUUUACCCGUCUCCCGGGAAUUAGCAGUGACGAGAAUUCGCUAAUCAUUUAUGCCGUUUCCAUCGCUCGGCAUAUUAAUUACCAUACCAAACUGAAUAAGAUAAAAUAACGUGUAUUUGGUACUCGCGCCGUAUACGAAAUGAAAAAUUAUCGUGGUUAGCAGACCAACGCUGCGAUGAUAGUAUACAGUAACGGUGAAUAAAUUAUCGUCACUGUCCCUCUCUUUCUGUUAUCUCCUUUAUAAAAACUUGUAGAAAUUGUAACAAUCAAAUUUUUUCAACAUUCACAGCUUGUAUAGGAACUUGUCCUUGAACAUAGAAACAAGGAUCAUGGAUUAUGGAUAAGAGCCGGAUGGAAUUCACCCUAAGUUUCCCGACGGCUACAAACAUGCCUAUAGAUAUGCGGGGUAGUGUGCAGGGAGGGGGGUAAAGCUUGCAUCAGCAAGGGAGGUUUUCCUGGUUGGUUGAACGCGAGGCAGCCGUUUGUAACCGUUGACGGCUGGCGUAGUUUUGUCACCGCCUAACGUGAACGACGAUACCAAGUUUCCGGACAGUUUAUGCGCCGUAAUACACAGUGCAUAUAAUACCGUACUACAGAGACGGUUUCCGAGCGUUGACAACCGGUUUGACAUUAUGCGUUAUGGCGGAUCUGUGUUCGCCUGUGUGUGCGAGCAGCGACUGUCCGUGUCGCAGGUAGUGUUAAAAUUACCGACAAUCCACGAGAUGUCCCCGGGCAUUAAUCGCUCGAUUGAUAUAACGUCCUUAAUGAAUCGCCCCGGCGUUUCGCGUCACUGCACUGCACCAGAAAUUCGCAUUUCAAGUGUCGGAAUCUCGUUUCCACACUACAAGAGCUGCGAUAUAGCUGGACAGGUAUCGUGUUGCCGUUUCUCCAGGCGUUUGCGCUGCUGCUCGAGGUUCGUUUAAUAUCGGAGAAUUAUUUUCCCGUGCAUGAAGUUCGAUGUGCAAACACCGAUAAUUGACGGAAAACAAAUAUCGCGCGCAUGCAAGCUGAUAACAUGGCGGCCUCGGCUGCUCGGUUCGCGCUCCACCUCGCGACUUUGGUCCAAUCGUGCUAUCGACUGCCUUUCAAAUUGGCGAAAAUUCAGACUUCAACCGCUUGCGCGUUACUGACAAAGUCAAAAUAUGUUCAUGUUCCCGGUCGUCGGUUGGCCGACAAGUUUUCACGCUCCUUACUCUCUGUGUUCUUAUUGCGCGGCGCCAUGUUUGAUUAUCGUUCCCGACAGACUCUGAAGUGAAGUGCAAUGGACUGUGUAUAAAGGGCGCAAAAAUCUGUCCAUGCAUGUCAGUUACGAUCGCGUGUAUGUACGGAAAUUGAAGGAAUGGGAAAAAACAACUUUGAAACAUUGAAAAACAGACGUAAGGAAAAUUAACUAUAAUAUAACCGCGUGAACGAAGCCAAAACGAAAACAAGUUGAAAGUAUUACUACAUAUUUUAUAACGUAUUACAAUAAUGUGAGAGUAUGUUUUGCCUAAUAAGAAAAAUUGCAUGUAAGAUAUGUACACAGAAGACUUCGGUGCUCAAACAUAUUGUACGGAUAACCGUUUGAAAAAUAAUAACAAAAAUAAAACCACGCAAGCAAGUGAAAACAAAACAAUCCAGUAUCAUUAAUUUCCAGCUCAGUGUGUUUCGUAAAACACUGGCGAUAGAUAAUAACAGACCGUUAUGUUUUUAUUUUUCACAACCCCCGAGUUAAUAUGGUACAGCAACUAAUUAUCGAGAGUAAUAAUUUUCAUUGAAAGCAAUUUGUCACACGCAUUCGUUUAGGUGUGUAUAAGCGAAAUAAAUACCGCCUUCAAUUAGGUACUGUUCUACGAAAAACACGAACGUAUAUAUAGGUAUACAUAACGAUAGUAUAUAAAUAUAUAUUAAUGCCUAACCUUGUGCGAAUCGAGAAAGAGAGGAAAGAAAACAGUAAUAAGAAGUAUAAGUAACUUAAUGAAUAAAUAGGUAAGUAAAUAAAUCUGACAAAGAAUGUAAAUAAUUUAAUGUAAAAACUUCGUUUCACUUUUAUUGUAUAUUGAUUAUAUAAUGACAAAAUUGAUAGACGAAAAAUCAACAGCGAUUAUGAGGUAUAAUAUACAUAAAUCGAUUAUUAUUUUGUAGGGCAAUCUUGCAAAAUCAUUGCAUAUCUAAUGAUAAUAAUAACAAUAAUAACAACAACAACAAUAAUAAUAAUAAUAAUAAUUACAAUAUUUCUGUUGAUAGGCGAUGUUAUUUCUUGUUACCUGUAAAUAAGUUUUAUUAUAAAAAGUGCCAAAAUAAAUAUGCGUAAUCAGCUAAUAAACACAGACAUAUAAAUGUACACGUAUACGUAUAAAUAUUACAAUGUCAUGCGUGUAUAAAUUAAAAAACGAGAUUACCAAAUUAUCACAUUACCUUGCAUUUAUUCUGUUAAUUACUACCGUAAAUCGAGUAAUUGUGGCAGAGCGAAUAAAUUCCAUUCGUAAAACACUUAUUUUCAAAGCGUAUAUUUUUUGAAACGCCAAGAAAUUAAAUACCGAGACCAAGUCAAACGUGUAGAAAGCAUCUGCAGCUUGUCUGACGCAGUCAAAAUUGAUCGUAUUUAUUCUGAGAAGGUUCGGUUUUUUCUUCCAAAAUUACUCUUUGCGGAGAAAGGAUAAGCGGAUAAAAUAAAAAAAUAAAAAUAAAAAAAAAAACAAUCCAAUCCAGGCAUUUUUGUCUCCUGAUCAUUUAAAAAAUGGUAUUAAUGUAACAGGAUCAUCGAUUAAAAUCUUUUAAAAGUAAGUAAAUGAUCAUGCUCACAGAAAUUAUUUGAAAAGCGAGGACGAAGAGACCAGGUUUCGAAAAAACAAGGGGCAAAACUUGGUUUCGUCGAAGUUGAUGGUUACAAAUUAUUGUAGAGAAUAAAAUGCGACGGAACGCAGAUCCUGAAAAAUCUAGUCAAUUUCGAAUUGUUUGAGAAAACAAGAACGAGGCGAAGUGAAAAAUGGUAAUGAAAAAUUGCGAGAGUCGUAGUUAAAUGAAUAAAACGUAGCUAUAAAUGAGAGAUUAUAAAAAUAAUACAAUAAGAAUAAUGAGAAUAAUUAACGAUACAUAAUAUAAC